AUGAAGACCGCUGCUACCGUCGUCGGCGUCCUGUCCAUGGCCUCCAUGGCCCUGGCCAUCCCCCAGUGCGCCAUCAGCUGCUUCCAGAAGGUCGUCACCGAGCACCCGCCCCUCGACUGCAAGGAGAAGGACAUGUACCACUGCUUCUGCAAGAUGCCCUCCCUGCAGAACUACUUCUACCAGUGCGCCACCGGCGGCGGCUGCCCUGACGCCGCCUCCGGCCAGGAGGCCAUCGGCUUCGGCGUCAACCUAUGCAGCGAGCUCGGCCUGCCCAUCACUCCCCCCGGCGGCAGCACUUCUGCUGCUCCCAGCUCCACCGCUGCCCCCACCACCGCUCCUACCAGCAACGCCCAGCCCACCACCAGCGCCCAGCCUUCGGCUUCUCAGUCUUCUCCGGCCGCCCAGAGCUCCGCUCAGAGCUCGGCCGCCCAGUCCUCGGCCGCUUCCAGCCGCGCCUCCAGCGCCGCCUCUUCCAGCGCCGCCGCUCCCUCCAGCUCCAGCUCCGCCAAGCCCAGCACCACUGCUGCCUCCACCUCGGGCGCCGCCAGCAAGACUGGUUCCGGCUCCGGCUCCAAGACCUCCUCUUCCUCCUUCGCCACCGUCACCAGCCAGGCCAACGCCGUCGGCCACGCCGGCAGCAUGAUGGCCGCCGCCGGUGCCGUCGCUGCUGCCUUCCAGCUCCUGUAA